AUGGUGGAUACUGUGUUGUCGAGGGACAAGAAUUGGGUGCGCUGGAAAGCAGAGGGUUGCCCGCUGAUCGAGAAGCCUUCGGUGUCGGUGACCGAGUAUGCCGGCGCCUGUGAGCAAGCGACGAAAGUGUAUGCCAACAAACGUAUUCGUCCCUCGCCGAUGGGGUCGCUGAAUCUCAAUUUCCUCUCGGAAGGCGAGUCAACUGCCGGUCUCGAGAGACUUGCCGAGUCUGAGAGGUAA